AUGAAAGCAUACAAAGAGGUACAGUAUGCUCGAUUCAAGAAACUCGAACUCGAGAACAUCGAACUCAAAGACAAAACUCUCAUGUUGGAGGAGCAGGUGGGGGAGCAGAAACUCAUGAUCACACACCUGGUUCAGCGCCUGAACGAAGAGGAGUUACGCAACAGUAACAGAUCCAGUGUCUCGUCGGCAGACUCGCGCGUGUCUCGACUCUCGCUUUCCGCGGAUCAGGACGAUUUUCACACAACACCCGCUUCUAGUGUGGAAUCCUCGCCUCAGAAAGGAAAAUACUCCACCUGCAAUACAUCACCAACGGUGACUACGAAACAAUCGGAGGUUCUAAGGCACGAAGUCUCAAGGCUGAAAGAGACCGUCUCUUUCCUGCAAUCUCAGAAUCACUGCUACCAGAUGGAAUUGGAUGAGAGCUACAAGAAUCAGAUAUCGAAACUGGGGUCUCUGGAGGUAGACUAUCACAACUUGAAGCAGGUUAUUACAAACAUAGAGCAGAACUCGAAAUUCGUCCAGCGAUUGGACGAUACGAAGUACGGCUUAUUUGAUAAUACGAUGGAACAUACAAUCAAUUUUGAUGCCAGGAAACUGAAAAUUGGUUCGCGAUUUUCGAAAGAUAGAUUAACGCUCACCAGGCGUUAA